GCUCACUCGAGCUCGACGUCUCCAGCUCAGUGAAGGCAAGCCAUGUCUGAGGAAUUCAUCACAAUCGUGUCUGGCGAUGGUUUCCAAUUCAUCAUCGACAAAGAGGCCGCCAUGGGUUCAGGCACCAUCAAGACGAUGCUAUCUGACCCGGACUGGCUCGAAGCAGGCCAAAAGGUCAUCAAUCUGUCCGAACAAAGCGGAGAGAUUGUCGAGAAGUUUUGCGAAUACUUGCUAUACAAGCGCGAGUACGCAAACACAAAGGCAGGCAAGCCCAUCCCCGAGUUCGCCGAACGGAUACGGCCAGAGAUUGCGCUCGAGCUCCUCAUGGCGGCAGACUAUCUAGAGAGCUGAGUCAAGCUCCUACGCACGAUCAACACUGUUGUUGUACCAUCCAAGCCC